AGAUUGACAACCGGUAGACUUCAUAAAAUCUGUCCAUCACACAUUAAAUAGAAAACACACAGUAUCUUUAAAACAGACUUUAAGAAACUAAGGAAGGCGAACUGUAUGUUUCAGGCAAACAUGGAGCGCACUAAACAGACACAAAGUGAAAAUGAAACGGCAGGUACAGACACCGCGAUGAAUGGACUGCACUUUGACGCGCGGGUGAAAAUGCCCGGCUGGAGCACGAUGCCCAAGAGCGCAGGAGGUGCCGGCGGGAGCGCGAGCACCGCGUCGUCCUCCGUGAUGGAGAGCUGGCGAGAGGAGCGCACUCGCAGCGUGGAGGACAAUGAGAUGAGUCUGCCGAGCAUCGCCGCCGCUUACACGACAAUCCUCCGGGGACUCGGGGAGGAUCCGCAGCGGCAGGGACUUCUCAAAACUCCGUGGAGAGCCGCCACUGCCAUGCAGUUCUUUACCAAGGGCUAUCAAGAAAAAAUCAUCGAUGUCCUGAAUGACGCAAUAUUUGAUGAAGAUCACGAUGAGAUGGUGAUUGUGAAGGAUAUUGACAUGUUUUCCAUGUGUGAGCAUCAUUUGGUUCCUAUUUUUGGUCGGGUGCACAUAGGUUAUCUUCCAAACAAGAGGGUUCUUGGUCUAAGUAAACUUGCACGGAUUGUUGAGAUAUACAGCAGAAGACUGCAAGUUCAAGAGCGAUUGACUAAACAGAUCGCUGUGGCGAUCACUGAAGCACUACAGCCUGCUGGUGUCGGCGUUGUUAUUGAAGCAACUCACAUGUGCAUGGUCAUGAGGGGCGUUCAGAAGAUGAACAGCAAGACGGUGACCAGCACCAUGCUUGGCGUGUUCAGAGAGGACCCCAAGACACGUGAUGAGUUCCUGACCCUGAUCAGAAGCUGAGACGGUCCGUUCUCUCCCCUCCACUGCCAAAACACUCGAACCAGCCCUCUUCUCUAAUGCCUCGCUGGACCAUCUCCGGUUCUGCCCCCAGAACAGACACUGCUGCUGUGUAUCAUAGUGUCCCACCCGUCUGCGGGGCGGUGCCCUCAGUAAAUCCAUCUCUCCUGUUUCAUGCGUGUGUGUUUUUAUGUGUGUGUAUGUCUUGGAGGUUUUGUGCCGUGUGGUUCAUCAGAUGACAAGUUUAUUCUUUGGAGAUGUGGGGGAUGUUUGACACGAGUGGGGUUAUUGGAAGCGUUGCAGGACAUCUUUGAUAAAACAGCACAAUUCGACCUCACUAAACUGUCAAGCACCAAACUCAACCAAAUGUGUUUACAUGUCUUUCCUGUCGGGUCACAUUUGCGCACUAUUAAACGCAAUCGAGUUGCCGGUGAGGCAUGAGAAAGGGUUUUAUUUUAACAUGUUUUUGUGUUACAAAAACAUUUACAGGUGUAAUCUGGACAAGACAUACUGUAGCGGUACUACGGCGAAACCAGAAUACCGUGAUAUUGAUCAACCCGAUCACAUACCGUGAUAUUCACACGGUACUCCAAGGAAUUUCAAAGAUUACUACGGUAUUACCAGAAAAGCAUAGAUUUACCAUUGUACCUUUUCCCAAAAUGCAUGGCACAACAAUGGUUACUGAAUGAUUACGCUAUUAAAAUACCAUGAUAUUCAAAUACCGUCCUGAUCUUUUCAUGCAAUAUUUAAUGUGUCCUGUGCAUCAGUCAAUAUUUCUGCCCAGACUCAAAGUAUCAUCUGUUCUUACGCUUGAUAAAGCAAAGUGUUCAUUUCAUCCUGUUGUUUAUAGUAUUUACAUACUAACAUGUUUCGUGCAACAUUGUUACUUUAAACUGUAAGCUGUCAGAAAUUGGAUGUUGUUUGUUAAAGUGAUGACCAGAUCCAGCCUUGUAAAUGUUCUGGCUUCAUGUGAUCGAUAUUGUUUGCGCUUUGAAGGUCGUCUUUAUUACUUGUGGGGUGAAAUGACCAAAGGUGCAGUCAAGGUCAACGCAGUCUGUGAUUUUGCACAUUUUAAGAGUUAUACAUUAUAUGCUUGAUUGCCAACUACAUAGAGUACGUGUAUUGAUAAAUGUGUUCUUUGUCAUUGCAAAUGUGAUUAAAACAUGACGGAAACCUACCAACUAACGUGAGAUAAGAUUUGACAUUUGUAGAACAUAUUUUGUACAUUUACUCGUACACGUUUACCCUGUUUGGGUUCUUAUAAGUGUUUUGAGCUACAGCAGAAUAUUAACUUUCUAAAUGUAUUAUUUUAGAAAAAAAGUAAAAUGUACUGGUUUUAUUGAUACUGUUGUAUUGCCUGUGUACCCAUCUUGUUCUUAUUUUGAAAAGUUCAAUUUUGAUGUGCUUGUAAACUCUGAAGACGAUGUUUCAGUGUCAUGUUCACUUCAUAGCAGUAGAUUGAUUGAGAAAAAAGGACUUGAUAUUGCAAACUCUAUAGCGUUUAUUCAUGUGGCCUUCUUUAAAAGAAAGACUCGACGAGCCUUUCGAAUAUUUCAGACUAUACACAGUAAAAUCGGCAGUGUUAAAAAAGGUCAAAUUAACACUCACGGUGUAUAUAUAAUCCACACUCUCAAAGUGGAUCAUAUAAACACUGUGAGAGUUAAUUUGACCCUUUUUAACACUGGCGAUUUUGCUGUGUACAACUGAUGUAUUGUCAUUUUCAGCUUAAAUAAAUC